GAUUCAGCUGACAUUUAUGGGAUUGCACUGGUACAAAGAAAAGGAGAAUUUCAUCAAUGUAUGCAAAAGCAAGCAGUCAUCUGACCUGCUUAAUUGCCUCAACCUUCAGCCAGGCACAUCACUCAUGUACAUGAUGAGCUGUGAUUGGACCAGGACUCAGGAGAUAAGGCUUCCUUUGCUAUCCCUGACAAAGACUGUGCAUGUGUGCCCUAGGUCUGGAGAAAGGUCUUCCCCCCGCUGGAAAGAUGGCGACGAGUGCGGUUCCAAGCGAAAACCUGCCCACCUAUAAGCUGGUGGUGGUUGGGGACGGUGGCGUGGGGAAGAGCGCUCUGACCAUCCAAUUCUUCCAGAAGAUUUUUGUGCCCGACUAUGACCCGACCAUUGAAGAUUCCUACCUGAAACACACAGAAAUAGACGGCCAGUGGGCAAUUCUCGAUGUUCUAGACACUGCAGGGCAAGAGGAGUUCAGCGCUAUGCGCGAGCAAUACAUGCGGACGGGGGACGGGUUCCUUAUCGUCUAUUCUGUCACAGACAAAGCCAGCUUUGAACACGUGGACAGGUUCCACCAGCUGAUCCUCCGAGUCAAAGACAGAGAGUCUUUUCCAAUGAUAUUGGUGGCCAACAAAGUUGAUCUAAUGCAUUUGCGGAAAAUCACUAGGGAACAAGGAAGAGAAAUGGCAACUAAACAUAACAUUCCAUACAUAGAAACUAGUGCCAAGGACCCGCCUUUGAAUGUUGACAAAGCCUUCCAUGAUCUUGUUAGAGUAAUCAGGCAACAGAUCCCAGAGAAAAGCCAGAAGAAAAAGAAAAAGACCAAAUGGCGAGGAGACAGAGCGACCGGCUCUCACAAACUGCAGUGUGUGAUUUUGUGACGUGGGAGGGGGCUCUGGGCACCCCCGCCUGACCGAAUGUGAACUAAACCAGCACUAGCGAGACAUGCUGUACCACACCAUAACGCUUCUAACAGUGGUCCUAACACUGAGGAACUUGAUGGGGGAGGGGGGAGAUUGGACUCGCUGACAUACUUGAACGGCGGCCAAACUGCCAGCACUUGGCCUGAUUUGUGCACGGUGCAGAGCGACUUGCAAGCAUGCCGAGGAGGCAGGAAUAGCCAGGACCAGGCCUCUCCACAGUCCCCAGUAUCUUGGUGUUUAUCUUAAAAAAUGGGGGAAGGGGUUAAAGUGUUGGUUUUAUCUGCAAACAUUUCUCCACGUGACCCAUGUCUAGCAGCCGUGAACGACCCUUUGUGUGGUACAGUCCGUCGUGUACGUAUGUGUGGGGGAAGGGGAAGGGCUUUUUAUUUUCUUUUGCCCAGCGAGCACUGGAUAGGAAAGAAACCCGGCUGGGGUUCGUUUCUGUUGCACUGAACUCUCUCUUCGGUAGAGAUGCCAAACCGCAGCUUCGUAGGAGAGUGUGUAGAUUUGAAGGAAGAAAAUGAACUCCAGCUGUUCUCAGCACUCCAGGCAUUGUGUCAGACAUUGGAGGACAGCCAACUUACAGUCCAUAAACGCCAGCGUAGAAAAAAAAAAGGGGGCGGGGGGGAGGUUACCCUCUGUGAGGAGGUUCUGUUUCUGUUUUGUAUUUUGGGGGCAUGUCUGAUUCAAAAGGCAUUUUGUUAACCUCAAAAUAUUUAAAUUAAAGUAAUUUA